AUGGCUAUCAUCAGCAAGGUUCCAGACUUGAAUGUCAGCGUCGUUGUCGACGGACAAGUCGCGCAAGAGUAUCCGGCGCCAGGUCAGCAAGAGGAAACCGAAACCGAAUCCGAUAUUGCAUCGCACCUUUGCUACAUAGAAUCCAAGUCGGGCCAUCCUUUUUUUGUUAGGCUCACUGUCGCUCCAGAGAGGAAAACCUCGCCCGAAAACGCACUCAUAUUGAGAGUAUGCAUUGAUGGUGAAGAUGUUGGAGCAUAUAUCAUAUCGAACCACUCCGGGCUCCUAGGCUCGCAUAUGGUCGACUUCAACAGCAAGAUUACUCGGUCGCCAAAUUCUGGAGAAUUCAUUCGACAAUUUUUUGCCUUCUCAGCGGUUUCCACAGUUGAGGAAACUACUGCAGCAUCCAUCGAGCGAGACGCCAAAAUAGCGAAGAAUCUUGGCGAGAUUAGAAUCAGGGUCUACCAUUGCCGUGUUGGCGAAAGCAUUCCCUAUCACCCGCCAGUAUUGCAGAGACGUCCAGAAUAUGUCUUGGCAGAGAAGGCUUUGAAAGGAAAAGAGCUAUCUCAUGGGACAUGUUAUGAUAAAGAAGAAGUUAUUAAGAAACUGGCGUCUCGGACAACUUACAACAAAAGACUCUUCGCCGAAUACACAUUUCGAUAUCGAUCUCGGGAUGCCCUCCAGAAGGAAAUGAUAAUUCCCCGAACGCCACCUCCACCUGAACAAACUUUUACAUCAGAACUAGGCUCUAUGUCCGAUGAGGAUAUUAGACUCCUUGCUGCGAAGAUGCUCCGCAUUAAACAGGACAAGGAUCUAAAGCGAGAACCGCCAUCAACACCCUCCAAGCGGACUAUUGAUCUCACGGAUGACGAUGAAAUCGAAGUGACGGGAAGUCACCGACUUAAGGUGAUAAAACUUGAGGAUGGAACGGACAUGGUUGACUUAACGGAAUAA